AUGUCCGGUUCUGAAUCCUUUAAUCCCGACAUCGAGAAAUACCCUGACACUAAUGGUCCGGCUAUUGGAGCUUCCAUCCAAAAUGUUGCUACUGCUCAAAGCAAAGCUAUAACCUUCCACCAUGACAGAGACAAUAUCUAUAUUAAUGAGGUUCCUAUCAAUAAAGAUGAAUUCUUGUAUGCCUUUGGAGGCACUUUAAAUGUUGGUGUUAGAAAGGCCACCCCCCAAUCCAAGGAGUACGGUGACCCCGUCCCCGCUGGUUUGGCAGCUUUCAGUUGCACUGUUGUUUCCUUGGGCUUGGUUAUGAUGCACGCAAGAGGUGUUACUGCAGCAAAUGCCUUGCUAGCUGGAGUAUUGGGUUUCUAUAAUAUGUAUGCAGGUUUGGCAGACAAGACCAACUCUUAUUACACGGUUCAGCCAUGGUUCCUGCCACAUGCUGCAACACCAGAUGCUGCAACACCAGAUGAAAAGCAAGAUUGA